GGAGCCUGAUAUCUUUGGAAGAAGAGAGGAGACAACAGGAAACAGGCAAAAGCUGAGCGGGAAGAGUUGACUGAACGCAAAGCCAGCUGAAAAACACACAAAAGACUUCAGCUGGAGAGAGGGAGUGACAAAGAUGCAAGAGAUGUUAUCCAGACACACUUGUCUUACCUGUCCAUCUGGCUGUUUGACACACCUCUUUCUGCUUUUUUUCUGGGCUAUUCUUCAUAAAACUCCUUCCGCAAGGUUUCAAAUCGACAAAAGAUCAAACAAUACUGAGAGCUCACAAGAGAGACGGAAUACAGGAUUAAUGAUAAGGUUACGGAAAUGAGGGAUAACUGGAGUACUAUGAGGACAUGAUCUCAGAUUUCUGAUGGAAAUAAAUACUCAUAUGGACUGACAUGAUGAUUUGAAUGAAGGCUUUAACAAAAAAUGGAUCUGCUUCAGUUUUGAUUUUACCUCUACCUAUAACGAGGAUGUGUGAAACUUGAACGACAAGAGUGUGCUUAAAUGUGUGCUUGCAUCUCUGGUAUGUAAUUCAGUCUUUGUCAGUGUUGCCAGUGUAUAUGUGAGUGUUUGUAUGUGUGUAGCUAAUGUAACAUAGUCUUUCUACAAUUGAGUGUCAAUGGCGGAGAACCCUGUCUCAGAUACUCAAUCCUUGCUGGAGUCUAUGCUUCAAAAAUUACGGGUAAACACUCAAACCAACAAUAGCUCACACACUGAUAUGCAAACAUGUAGUUUGCCUGUUAUGUAUUAUGCUGAAACAAUGGAGGAUUCGUCCAAAGCAACAGUUUAUCAGUUUGAAUUUUCCUCCAGCAACAAAGAGCAAGACAGACACUCCAUUCAGAAUAAAUGUGAGAAUCCGUGGACUCAACAAUCAGUUAAUUUCAGGGGUACGCAGGCCCCUUUUGCUGAUCAACUUCCCAAAAGGAUCAGAAGAGUCUCUUCUAAACCUAAACAUACACCAUUAAUCUGGGGGGAACACAACCACUUUCCAUCAGAGAGGAGUAAUGAUGCAAUUUCCUGUGUUGGAGAGCAAGAGAUGCCCAAUGUGGAGAAGAGGCAACAGUUUUCUCUGAAAGGGGAGACCAAGGGUGUCUACAACUCAAGUGUGCUACCUUUAUACAAAACAGAACCCUACCGAAAUCCCCCUGACCUUUUAGCCCCGACUUUAGCAACAUCUACUUCAGUGUUGGAUAAACCAGAGGUCAAGGGUCAAAGUGGCACAUGGAGUUGGGAUACAGAGAAGGAGAAAAAUGAAGGCACCAGAGUUCAUGAGGAAUCAGGAAAAAGGACAAGUAAGAAAAAGUGGAGGGAUGCUAAAAGAUGGGCCCAGAGGGUGAAGGAGAGAUGGAGAGAGAGACACAGAAGCACAGAGACCAGACAAAGAGAUGAUGGAGAAAGACAAGUACAGAGUGAAGUACUACAAAGUAAUCUCUCUCCAAUAUCGAUGCCUAUUGAUGUGAACACAACUACAGCAGUCACUGAGAAUCCAAAUAUCCAUAACGAACCAAUAAACACAGAACUGGAUGAAUCCACUCUCUGUUCACUCAGCGACAUGAGUGAAAAUCUGUUCUCUUUUGGCACUUCUAAUUUGAUGGAAGAGAUCUUCAAUGGAACGAAAUGGGCUCAGUUUCUCACAGUUAACUGCACCACACAGGACCAAUCACAGGAGUCACCAAGUAUUAGCCAAUCAUGUAAAGAAGAAUGGAAUGGCAAAUGGAAUCAUACAAAGACAAUAGAUUCCCAUUCAGGUAUGACUCAGGCGGAAACGUCGUUCCCUGAGAGCUUUACACAAGACAUGGCCUUCAAUAUGCAUGUUAACAAUGAAACUGAGAUGUCCAAGAUCAGUGUUCUUUCGUCAGAUUUUAACGAUCUCUCUGCAAAUCAAUCACAAACUUCUGAUUUAUUUACAAACCAAUUACAAACCACCAAUCUGAGCUUCAACGAGUCUCAAAAAAGUAAGCAAACAAGUAAACAAUCACAGUUUUCUCAUCAACUUUCAUACAAAUCAACAGCAAAUGAGCAUAGUGUUCCGCAGUUGAUAUCUAUUCAACAAAGUCAUUCCCAACCACAAGUAUCUGACACCAGCCAUAACCAGCCUCAAGGUGGGAAAGAAGUUUUCAUCCCUAUUUUGGACUCAUAUGUUAAGCCAAUGGACCGUUCCUCCAUAAAAUCACACGGAUCUCUGAGUCGUAAAAGAGAGCACUGGACUAGAAGGAGAAAUCCAUUUGAAGACUCAAGCCAAGACAUGGAGGAUGAGUACCACUGCCGCUCCACCUCUAGCAUCUCACCCAUGUCUACUCUUACCUCUCUCCAGAACUCUGUCUCUGAAGAUUCAGAUUCUUACAAAUCUCUGGAGACAGUGAUUAAAAAGAUGAGAAUGGAAGAAUCCCGUCAUGUUCGAUUCGCUGAGGAGGUGGUCAUCUUACCGCCCAGCUUCAUAUCUGAGGAUGAAGACGAUUGUUUAGAAGAUGAUUGUCCAGAGGAACCUUCUCCCCGCUCCUCUUUCCCUAAGUGGAUUGGGUCUUUAAAAGUCAAACAGACAAGAAAAUACAAAUUUUAACUCCCUUCUGUGUGUGGCUGCACCCCUGAAAUUCUGCAGCUCUCAUAAACAGUGUCUGUACAGUAGAGGCAAUAUGUGGACAUGCCACAAAUUAGCAGGGCAGAUAAAACUAUUACUGAAUAGAUUAUCAUUAAAGGAAUAGUUCACACAAAAAUGAAAAUUCUCUCAUCAUUUACUCAUUUACCAUCCCAGAAGUGUAUGACUUUAUUUCUUUUGCUGAACACAAAUGAAGAUUUUUAGAUGAAUGUCUCAGCUCUGUAGGUCCUCACAAUGUAAGUCAACAGGGUCCAAAACUUUGAAGCUCAAAAAAGCACACAAAUCCAUGUGUUUAGAAGCAAGAUGAUAGGUGUGGGAGAGAAAGAGGUCAAUAUUUAAGUUCUUUUUUAUUAUAAAUCUCCACUUUUACUUCCACAUUCUUCUUCUUUUGUUUUGGCAAUUUGUAUUCUUCAUGCAUAUCGCCACCUACUGAGCAGGGAGGAGAUUUAAUAGUAAAAAAAGGACUUAAAUAUUGAUUUGAUUCUCACCCACUCCUAUUAUAUCCCUUCAGAAGACAUGGAUUUAACCACUGGAGUUGUAUGGAUUACUUUUAUGUUGCCUUUAUGUGCUUUUUUGAGCUGCAAAGUUCUGGCCACCAUUCACUUGCAUUGAAUGGACCAACAGAGCUGAGAAAUUUUCAUUUUUGGGUGAACUAUUCUUUUAAUUCUGAAAAUGUAGCUGUCCUACAGAGCUCCUAUGCCUAAUAAGAAAAUUGUCAUUGAGGGGGUGUGUGAACGUUUGUCAGCUGUGUACAAUGGCAUUUGAAAAUUUUUAUUCAUCAGUUUUAUUUACAUAGCACUUUCCACAAUACAUAUAGUUUGAAAGAAGCUUUAUUGCAAAUAGAGACUUAAUGCCCCUAGUGAGCAAGCCAUAGGCAAAUGUGGCAAGGAAAAACACUGGUGUUUAGGUAUAAGGUGGAGGAACCAGACUCAGCUGGGGGAGCCCAUCCACCUCUAGCAAGUAACACAUUACAUAAAUGUAAAUAUUGUUUGCCAAUACUGUCUAUUUACGUAAUAUGUGCAGUACUGGUCUUAUUUAAUAGGUAAGACAGUGAUUCAAUUGUAAAGAUAAUGAUUCUACAAACAGUAAUUCAUUUGUAACUUUUAAAGUCCAUCCUAAGGUUACCGGAAUGAUGCAGGCAGUGGUCAGUGAAGCAUCCCUCGCUGUCUGGCUAGUAUUCUGCUAUAUAUUCUCAUGGAAAUACAGAUAUUGCCGUAUAAAGUCUACACUGUAAAAAAAAAAAAAAAAACUUGUUUUGACUUAAAGAAGUAAGUAUUUGUACUGCCUUCAAAUUUUAAAUUGUGCCAACUUAAAAGGGAAAUUUGUUUAAACAUAAAAUAGAACAUAAAAUUAACUUAAAUCAUAACAA